CAGCCGCCGCUUUCCCGCCCUGCGCCCCGAGACCCCCCCGGGACCCCCAAAACCUUCCCGGGACCCCCAAAACCUUCCCGGGACCCUCCCGGGACCACCAUGGGCUUCCUGAAGCUCAUCGAGAUCGAGAACUUCAAGUCCUACAAGGGCCGCCAGAUCAUCGGGCCCUUCCGCCGCUUCACCGCCAUCAUCGGCCCCAAUGGCUCCGGCAGCUCCUCGGAGUACAAGAUCAACAACAGGGUGGUGCAGCUGAGCGAGUACAGCGAGGAGCUGGAGAAGCUGGGAAUCCUCAUCAAGGCCAGGAACUUCCUCGUCUUCCAGGGAGCAGUGGAGUCCAUCGCCAUGAGGAACCCCAAGGAGCGCAUGGGAGCAGUGGAGGAGAAGGACUCGGAGCUGAACCAGAAGCGGCCGCAGUACAUCAAGGCCAAGGAGAACACCUCACACAAGAUCAAGAAGCUGGAGGAGAGCCAGAGCCAGGGGAGGGACCUGACCCUGGAGGAGAACCAGGUGAAGAAGUACCACCGGCUGAAGGAGGAGGCCAGCAAGCGCGCGGCCACGCUGGCCCAGGAGCUCGAGAAGCUGGCCAAGCGCCGCAUCGACGAGAUCAACAAGGAGCUGAACCAGGUGAUGGAGCAGCUCGGGGACGCUCGCAUCGACCGCCAGGAGAGCAGCCGGCAGCAGCGCAAGGCCGAGAUCAUGGACAGCAUCAAACGCCUCUACCCUGGCUCUGUGGUGAGGGGGGGCCCCAAAACUGACCCAAAAACUGCCCAAAAACCGCGCCAAAACCCUCUCAGAAACUGCGCCGAAAUUGCGCCAGAAACUGUGCCAACACUGCCCCGAAAACUGACCCAGAAGCUGCACCAAAACCCUCUCAGAAACUGCCCAAAACUCCCUCAGAAACUGCCCGAAACUGAGAAGGAGCAGCUGACCGAGGAGCUCAAGGAGCAGAUGAAGGCCAAGCGCAAGGAGGCCGAGCUGCGCCAGGUGCAGUCCCAGGCCCACGGGCUCCAAAUGCGCCUCAAAUAUUCCCAAAGUGACCUGGAGCAGACCAAGACCCGGCACCUGGCCCUCAACCUGCAGGAGAAGUCCAAGCUGGAGAGCGAACUGGCCAAUUUUGGGCCGCGCAUCAACGACAUCAAACGGAUCAUCCAAGGCCGGGAGCGGGAGAUGAAGGAUUUGAAGGAGAAAAUGAACCAGGUGGAGGACGAGGUUUUCGAGGAGUUCUGCCGGGAAAUCGGCGUCCGGAACAUUCGGGAGUUCGAGGAGGAGAAGGUGAAGAGGCAGAACGAGAUCGCCAAGAAAAGGCUGGAGUUUGAGAACCAGAAGACGCGCUUGGGGAUCCAGCUGGACUUCGAGCGCAACCAGCUGCGGGAGGACCAGGAGAAGGUGCUGAUGUGGGAGCAGGGCGUGCGCAAGGACGAGGCCGAGAUCGAGAAGCUCAAGAAGAUGCAGGACAUCCGGCUGCCGCUGGCGCGCGGCUCCAUGGACGACAUCAGCCAGGAGGAGGGCGGUGGCACCGCCGAGGACGCGGGUGGCAGCUCCCAGCGCAGCUCCAGCCUCUACGCCCGCGAGGACGCGCAGGCGGAGGAGGAGAUCCGGCAGGAGAUGGCGGCGCUGACAUGUCCCCAUGACGCGCAGGCGGAGGAGGAGAUCCGGCAGGAGAUGGCGGCGCUGCAGCAGCGGCUGACGGAGCAGCAGAGCGUCCUGCAGCGCAUCGCCGCGCCCAACAUGAAGGCCAUGGAGAAGCUGGAGAGCGUCCGCGACAAGUUCCAGGAGACCUCGGACG